CUAUAUUAUAAAAACUGAAUAAUACUUUUGUAUAUUUUAAGGAGAUUCCGGCUUAAAAAAACAGUAUAAUAAAUAAUUGUACUUCUCUUUUCUUUGUCAAGGGGCCGAGCUAAGCCCAUCCCACAUAAUUGCACACAGUCACCGAUUAAAGAUGUUUUAUUCACAUAUAAUUUUCUAUAAUUUGAAUAACCACGACAUAAAUGUUUCGUGAUUGCACAUUAUAAUCAGAACCAGGUCGGUGCUAGUAUCGUUGCAUCGGCGCUUCUUUGAUGUACUGCUUGGGUACUUCAUCGCCACUUAUCAGCUACACGGAUAAGGAUUAGGAGACACUUACUCCAGCAUAUGCGAUACAACUAUGAGUUACUGUACUGCAUCUAUCGAGCCGUAGACAACGUCUCGUGUAUGCCCGUUGGGAAGUGCAAUCUCACGAAACGUACGUAGUUCAAGAAUCUGCGUCGGUAUUGACUGUCCAACGUUUCCAAUGAGGUCGGAUUGCUGUCAGGUUAGUGCAAAUCUUACUUACGCCAGCUUAAAAAGAUCGCGUGACAAUGCCAAAGCAUAAUUUCCUGUUUGCGUUACGUGUGGAUAUACUUUCUUUCUACAGGUCAUAGAUAUGUGAUUAAAAUUAUUGCAUCUGCAUGCAGCUAUUUGGCGCAUACAAGUGGGGAAAAAGCACCGUUGCAUAAACCGAUUGAUUUACUGUUCCUGUAGUCAGUUGCGUUUCUUGUGAACCCAUAGUGUAAAUAUAACUCGUCAUAAUUAUAAAUAUGAAGAGCGGUAUAUCAUUUUAAGGGUUUUCUAAGAACGGUUGAGAGAACGUCUUUUAGAUUAAAACGAGCGACAAUUAUGCAACGCUCGUUAGUGGAAUCUGAAAUCAGAAGUACGUCUAUAUUUGAAUCAAAAUACUUAUCCGUUCAAACAGUUCAAUGUUCAAUAAAUAGAAUUCUUUCUAUUCGGAAAUGAAAUACUUUUAUAAGGAAAAUUCUUUCCUCUCUGUGCAAAUAAGCAAGGCUUUCUGCGCCGCUAUAAAUACAUUCGCUAAAGAGUUAUGUUCUAUGACUUAGAUAACAAGUGGAUUGUAUAUACAAAACCUUAUGGCUCUUUGAAAAAUUUCGAGGAAACUUUUGAACGUAAAUAUACAUUCAUGUUAGUAAACCCAACACGGCUUUGUCAACAUAAAGUUGACUGAAACCGGUUUGAUCAUGCGUAUUCAACGAACCGGGUCUAUCAGUCAAUACAUCAGUCGACUGGGGGGAGUAGAAAUGCAAAUCCAUAUUUCAGUGCAAAGAUCACAUUAAACCACACAUAAGGGUCCCCACAUCAUCCUUGUGCAAAUUCCUGUAAGCUUUACUGUAGUUUGGGGAUGGUUUGCUUUAAAACGGACUCGAACACAUGUGCGUGACUACGCCAACCUUGGCAUUGUCGCGAAACUAUAUUUCCGUAAACAUAAUUGUGAAUGAAGAAGAAGCACUUCAGAUGCAAAUUGAAAAGAUUGAUCUUAUUUUGAGAAAUAAUCCCCGACUACUUGGGGUUCUAUUCUGAUGUUCACCACAGGUGGGAUUGAACAAGCACCCCUGCCAAUAACUGAUGCAAUCUGGUCGGUUAUAACAUUGUUGGUUUUCAGUUUGAAUGCAUGGUUAUAGCUGAUGUUGGAUCGGGUUUGUUCAUCCAACAUGGUCCAAGGUUGUUGGGCCAAAAAUGUUGGCCACUGUUCGACUGGUUUAAACGACCCUUUAAGUAUACAAUAUACAAGCAACAUAUCACUCAGGGAAAACGAAAAUUCUUGGAGAAAGCCUUGUGUAAGUACAAACAUCUGAUUUAAAGAAGAAACAAUGUGUCCAUUUUGGCCUUACAAAGUCCGAAUACGACGUUUACUUUUGUAUCUCAUUAUGCUUGCGUUUAUAUACUUGUGUGAACCAGACUGUAUAUAGUUACAAUUAUAUUCUCAAUUAUCGAUCGCUAAACAAAAAGAGCUAAUAUAAAAAGUUGCAGGUAGAUGUAUGAGUGAGUUCGAAAAUUGAGGAAAAUAUUUUAGUAUAAUAUUAACUGUAUAAGUGACUGUAAAUAAUAAGAUAUUCUCUGCUAUACAAAGUAUAAUGUAUAUAGCCAUUGCGUGAUGGGAGAUGUAUAUGUAUAGCGGGUUCAUGUCAUACAUGGCUCAUCAAAACUUCGUCGGUGCAAUGUAAUGACAAAGGUGCAUGGGAAGAUUUUAUUCUUUGAAUAAUAAUAUAUAGGACGACGAUCUCACGACAAAAUUAUUUUAAUCAGAGCAAUUGCAUGAUUAAAGAUCUGAAGUUAAAUGGGCUAUUAAUUUAACUCAUUCUCAACCGCCCUCCAUGCAGUUGGUAUUAUACGAUUCAAUUGUCUCUAAUGUAAAUAUCAGCAAGUAUUGAUCCCCCUUUAAAACGACGCACACCAUUGGAAUCCUCACAAAAUAACCUGUUCAACGAUGGGUCUUGAUGCCGUCAAAACAUUACACAAACUUACAGGACAAUUCAGUUGUUAUAUCUAUAUACAAAACACUUAAAACAAUUGUGGUAUUGGAAUACCCUGAGGGGCAAAUUAUAUAAUAAUGAUAAUGAAAAAUAUAUAUAAACGUUGUUAAAGCUGCAAAAAUCUAGGAUUAUAGACUCUACGGUACUUGAAUAUAUUUAGAUUAUACCAGGAAACGUGUAGGAAAAUCUCUAUUGGUAUAGUCAGGCUGACACAUUCAAUUACCAUGCAGGGAACAUUUAGUCUUCUUUGAAUCCAUAUAAGCAUAUACUGUGAUAGGAAUCUAAUAGAUACCUGUAACUUAAACCUGGUUUACACUAUGAAAGUUUCUGUGAUCACAGUAGGAAUUUUGCAUAUACUGUAUAGGUAUAAAUUCUAAGGUUGAAGGAUUUGUUAAAGAAAUGUUUGAGGGAACAGACUUAGGGACCGCUCAUAAAGUAAUUGCUAGGGUGGGCUGGAGUGAUUUGGGAUGGGCCAUGGAAAAUCUUUGGGCAGUUUCGAUGGGCCGCCAAUUUUUUUGUAUGUCCAUGGUUGGGCCACCAAACAAAAACCCAUGUCUACUCCAAAACAAUAAAGAUAUUAAUACUAAACAAAACUAUCCAAAUUAUCAAAUGCAAAUGAUGCUAUUGAAGCCAGUACUUUAUUUAUACAACAACAAGAAGUAGUCGAAUCACAGCAAACUGGAGAACAGCUCAGUAUCGUUCAAUUAAGGUGGAAUUAUGUAUUUCAAUUCAGUGCCGUGUAUAUUUAUACAAUAUUCAUACCUGCAAGUUUUUUUUUUAUUAUGAAAGUGUAUUUUUCCAAUUUAGAUUGGGUGGGUCAUGAAAAACUUUUUGUAAGAUUAGAUGGGCUUUGAAAUUUUUAUCUACAUCCUAAGAUGGGUAACCGAACUUAUUGGCAAAAUUUGUGAUUUACCUCCAGCCCACCCUAGCAGUUACUUUAUGACCAGUCCCUUAGUGCAUGUUUAACAUUGAAAUUAGUGAAUCAGUUCCCUUAAACAUUUCUUACAAAUCCUUCAAAAUCGUUCUAAUUUACCUAUAUGCAAAAUUCCUAUAGCUACUGUGAUCAGUCUUCUUUGAAUCCAUAUAGGCAUUAUACUGUGAUAGGAAUCUAAUAGAUACCUGUAACUUAAGCCUGCAGGUUUACACUAUGAAAGUUUCUGUGAUCACAGUAGGAAUUUUGCAUAUAGGUAUAAAUUCUAAGGUUGAAGGAUUUGUUAAAGAAACUGUUUGACGGAACAGACUUAGUGCAUGUUUAACAGUGAAAUUAGUGAAGUCAGUUCCCUUAUUUCUUACAAAUCCUUCAAAACAAUUAUAAAUUACCUAUAUGCAAAAUUCCUAUAGCUACUGUGAUCGGUCUUCUUUGAAUCCAUACGGGCAUAUACUGUGAUAGGAAUCUAUAAUAGAUACCUACAAACUUAAGCCUGCAUGGUUUACACUAUGAAAGUUUCUGUGAUCACAGUAGCUAUAGGAAUUUUGCAUAUAGGUAAAGGACAGAUCAUUAAUGAGGUACGGACUAAUAGCGGCUGCUUAAGCGCCAUUUGUAAGCUCAAAGCCUACCUUGAUCUGCUUCACGUCAGUCCGGUUCUAUCUAUCUAUUCAUAAUGUAACCAGUCACUGAAAAGCCCUGAUAUAGGGAGUGUGCUGUGAAAUAUCUGUAUCUGUAUCUAAUUAUAACGGGUUUUUUUUUAAGGAUUUGUAAGAAAUGUUUGAAGGAACUGUUUCACUGAUUUCACUGUUAAACAUGCACUAAGUCUGUUUCCUCAAACAUUUCUUAUACAAAUCCUUCAACCUUAGAAUUUAUACCUAUGUGCAAAAUUCCUACUGUGAUCACAGAAACUUGGAUUGUGUAAACUAGCCUUUACGUUUAGUGAUUAUAUAAUAUUUAUGGGUCGGUACGAACUUACUAGGAGUUCAGUUUCUGUGUCUGUCAAACUAUAUCAGUAUAUGAGAACAAAAGUUUUCUAAAGAUCGAGUCAGAAAUACUGCAUGUUUACCGUUUUCUCUACCGGGAGGCCAAUCACAAAACAUGUCAAAAAAUUAAAAAACUAUUUAAACGCAGUUCAUUUAUACUGUAGUUCAUUUAUAGUAAAAACGUUUUUGCUAUAAUUAAGUCUUUUAUUUGCGCUUUGAUAUUGUGUCGAACUUAAUUUAAAAUUUAACUAAACUGAAGAAAAAAAGACCCACAUCCGUGCUUCUUUCGUGUAACCGUGUUAUUCGGACGAGAAAUAUUUAUUUUCUUUAUUUUGCCUUAUGUUGAGACUUACCGAUAAUAUAAGUAACAACAAUGAAAUUGGUCGAAUAUAAAUAACGUUUACUGAAAGGAGGAUAAUAUCCUCGUAUAGUCUACAUGCAACUAUAUUAUCAAUGUCAAUGAUGGACCGUCCAGACAAAAACAAUUUCCAUACUAUAUUAGUAUAUAUAUGCUAUGGGUUUAGCUUCUUGCUACAAUAUUAACAAAUACAAGUAUAUAUUAGCUAUAUAUUACUAUGUUAUAAACUCGGUCUGUGUCACGCAGGUAUGACAUGCAUGCAAUAAUUAAAUUAUAAAGCCUGCUUUCCUAUACAGUAUCAAACUUUCUGUGAUCACAGUGAGGAAUUUGCCAUAGCUAAAUUCUAAGUUUAGUGAAGGAUUUGCAAGAAAUAUAUGAGGAAACUGACUUAGUGCAUGUUAAACAAUGAGUCCCUAAGCAUGCAUUCACAGCGAUUCCUAUUAAAUGUGAAAAAAUUAAUUAUAGACGAUUCCUCCGACAAAAUUAGUUCGGCGGCAAUUAAUUGAAUAAAAUGUUAAUUGGUCUUUUAAAAUACAAUCCACUUGUUUAAUAUCUAUAUACAAAGCUCUUAUACAAAACUUUUGUGGUAACCUAUCUUCUUCGAACACCCUGAGGGGGGAAUUAUUAUUACCGAAUUGGCGAAUAAAAAUUCUUUAAAUUCGCAAAAAUCUAGGCUAUAAAAAGAUAAUAUUUAUAUAGUACUUAUAGAUAUAUAUCACACCACGAAACGUGUCUAGUAAAAUGUAGUUAUUUCUGUUAGUAAUGAUACCAUUUAUAUGUGUUCCAAAAGAGAAGGACGCUUUCAGUUCUCGAGAAGGAAACAUUAAUUCUUUAUCAUGUAUAUACUGUUAUUGAUAAAAAAUCUUUCAAUUAAUAGAAAUCUAUAUAGCCUAGGUUUGAGAAAGAACGAAGUCCUUUAUAUCACACAAGGAAAAGCACUAAUUCUCUUUUCAUAAUUGCAUUUAAGAGAAAGAAGGAAGGAAGCUUUUAUAUAUUUUAUCUAUAUAAUCUUUUGUUAUUUGAAAUUUACAGUUUAUAAAAGCAUGAAGUCCUAUUUAAUAUCAUACCAGGAAAAGUGCAGGAAAAUUGUAAGCCUCUAUAUUUGCAAUUAUAAUAAGAGCAGAGGACACCUUCAAUUUCCAGGUGGAACAUCUUCAAUUCUUCAAUAAAGUAUCUUACAAAUCUUAAAUAAUCAUAUAUAGCUAAUUAAAAGUUAAAAUUUCCAAUUUGUUUUAUGCAUGGCAAUUCCAUCCCAUUUGUAUGAAUGCAUUGUAAGCAACACUUUAAAUGACUCUCUUGAAAUAGAUUUUCUUGUACAGUACAACAUUUUGACUUGAAUUAUGUAUAACGAUUAUACACUAUUUAUCUACAAUUAUUCAAGAUUUUCCAUGGGCAUCGCGCUCGAUACAAUUGAAUGUUGAGGGGAUUUUGUCGAUGGAAGUUUAGAGCGAAAAUUAUAUUAUCUUUUAGACCUGAGUGGGAGCAACAGGUGCGAAAAAAGCAAACAUAGGCACUCCGUUGUGCAUAUUUUAAACGUUUUACACUGGGGGGGUGGGGGCAAGAUUAGGAACCAGUGUGGGCUCCCAUGCAGAGUACGAUUUUGGUCACUCAGGGUAAGGACAUGUAGAUGGCUCCCCAUGCAGUGUAUAGGAAUCGAUUCCAGUGCAAUUCUCCGGCUGAUCACUGAGCUACACAGUCUAGUUGCUGAACAUUAACAAGUUCUUUUAUACAUGCAGGGUUUCCUAAAAAAGUCCCCCUUUGUAAAUCACUCUCGUGUGUCAUUAUACCUUUGCGAAUCUCAUUUAAUUGUACAUGAACGGCAGAAGUAUUUACAACUUCCCUUCGUCCAAAUAAUUUAACACUUCGGUUACACUUUGCGUUAACGUACGAGUUGUUACGACAAAUACUUGUUGCUCUGUAGUCAGUUGAAGCAUUCAUACUCGAACUGAUGGUAAGACGAAUUAGGAAUUUGACAUUCUUGUGUUGCUGUUCGCUUUAGAGGCUAUUUUAAAUUCCCUAGAGGUAUAACCCAUGCACGUUUAACAACAAAAGACUUCGGACUUUUGGGGGGGGGGGGGACACUCUGUAUCUUAAGGUGAUGCCAUGCAGCUAGUGUAAGGUAUAUUUUGUACAAUUAGGUCAUGAAGAAUUCUAAAGUUGGUCAACCUACACAAAGUAUUAUAUUUUGACUUUGUCUGUGAAGGUCUGAAAAGCAAAUACUAGAAGUGUCUUUGGCCCAGACGCCCCACCCCUGUAACCCUGGUUGCACUUGUAAAUAUUUUUCUCACACAGCGCACUUGAAAUUCCGGAGAUAAUUUGUUCCCCACUUCAGGCCAAACAUGCCGGGUUAUCCUAUAUUAAUACAGCACAUGACCCAACAUACGUUUUUACAAACUGCACGGAAAAUCGUCUGUCUUCUAGGAAAGCCAGUCGCAUACAAACUUCGCGCAAACCUAAUUCGUUCUUCGCAAUUAAACAUUUUCUGCAGCUUUUCUUGGUUUUGUGCAAACUAUCCUAUAAUCUAUAUAUUAAUAAACACAGGAAAUCUUCUGGGAAAAAAUAGGAGAAGUGUAUUCAAAGUCUUUAUAAAUAUAUAUACACGCUAUCGGCUUUUCUGAAAAUAUCUUAAUCCAUAGUAGUCAUUUUCAUCCCAUUUUCGUGCAAUUCAAUAACAAUGUUAUCAGAUAAAUCUGUUUUUUCAGCAACUUAAUUAGCUAAUAAUUUGCCGGUUCCGAAGUGCACGAGAGGGUCACGGAAUUGUGCAAAGUCUGCUUACGUGCAUUAAAAGUAUAAUAUGCUCACCACACCCAAUACCGGCACGUUUGCCUGACUUAAAUCGUGCAUGCAGAGAAUAUAAUGCACAACUUAAGGAACAACCAAAAAAGCUUGACUCGUGCAUACAGAGAAUAUAAUCCACAACUUAAGGAACAACCAAAAAAGCCUGACUCGUGCAUACAGAGAAUAUAAUCCACAACUUAAGGAACAACCAAAAAAGCCUGACUCGUGCAUACAGAGAAUAUAAUCUACAACUUAAGGAACAACCAAAAAAGAACCCAUGUGGUUGCCAAUGACAACAUGGAACAUUUGAGGUAUGCAUUUCGUGACAGCUAGGUAUAGUUCGCUGUAUGCUACCAUUAUAUUGCUCAUUCAAAGGCAAUUGAUGUGUGCAUGGGUUAUAGGAUAACUACAUGCAUUGAAGUUCACUAAUACACGUGCGCACUACCAAAAUGUGCAUAUCAGUUUUCUUCCAAGUUUAAACAAAUUCCUAAAGAUCCUAGUCCGUGCAAGUAGAUCCUAGUCCGUUGCAAAACUAUCUAAGCUUCUUGGACAAGGCGAAAUCUCUAAGACCGAACACUCUUUCUUACGACGGCUUUGCGACCUUCCUAAGAAUAUAGGACCUUUAUAGUUAGCAGGAUGGCGACGGUUUUAAUAUAAUGCAAUUUAUGAUAGUGCAAUAUGAUGCUCUGACACAAUAUGAUGCUCUGAUGCUCUAACUCUUGCGUUCCAAACCGUGAGAAGUGGUGCUCAGCAAAUGGACCUUUCCCCUUAUAACUAAAAUUUCGAUCUAGACAAAAAUUUCAUCACAGCUUGAAAGAGCAUCAUAAAAUUAGUAAUAUUCCAAAGUUUUGUUGCAAAAUCUUGUAAAAUGCGGAUAAUAUAGCCUUGCGAAGUUUGCCGUUUUUCAGUCAUUUUGUAUUACAAACGGGAAAUUGACAUCCGAUUCGGGUGUUGGGGCUGCAAUUUCCCGUUUGUUAAUGCAAAAUGACUGAAAAUUGCAAACAUUGAUGAAAUAUUUGUAUAGACUUGCCUAGAUCAAAAUUUUGGUUAUAAGGGGAAAGGUCUAUUGGUCCAGGGGAAGCUUUCUCAACUAUAAACCCUCUGUCUCGCGUGAGUCAAAUUUUUUUUAUGUAAACCUUGGUUACAACCGAACUAGCAUUCCAAGAAGAUUGAUAUGAUUGGCUAAUCAAAGAAAAGUUUCCUUGCUAUAGCCAAUCCUUCAGGCUAUUUCUCAAUAUUUUCUGAGAAAAAUGGAUCAAGUCCAUUGGCAUUGCUCACACAAACAGGAUGAACCGCUUCAGCUUUAAUCUGCAAAUAUAAGUCAAAUUACAUGAUGCCGACCGGAAAAGGUUUAAAAGCCAAGUCGUGUUAUGGACAUUUAAAUGCUGGGCAAGUGCCAAAUUUUUUUAUAAAAUUAAUUAAUAUGUUUUAUUGCAAAUAUACAUAAGAGAAGAAUUGUGGAUACUGAAAUUCGUCCUUGAUGUGACAUAUUUCUACAAAUUAACAGUUUGAAAACUCAUAUCCAUGGAGAUGGUAAUAUCAAAUUUGAACAUAUAUUAUAGGGGGCCCUUUAUACAAGCGACUUAUAGAUCGAUCCUACCAUAUUACUUUAUAAGAUAUGUUCACAUCCAAUCUAAUGAUCAAAUGCUUGGCCUUAGAUUAAGGCAAGUUUCAGUACGAUUUCAGUUAGGUCCAAAAUUCUUUCAUUCGCUGCCAGAUGAAAUUAUGUUUGUGUCUUCUGUGGGUAUAUUCAAGUCUAAAUUAAACUAUUAUUUCUUCGGUCCAGGAAUGGGCAGAAGAUGUAUCAGUAACUCUUUUGAUUGAUAGUGAAUGCUUUAUGUGCAAAACAAUUAGCUGUUGGUUGCCAAUAACUUAUUAAUUUAGAUUAAAUACAAAUGUAUAGUCGUAUUAUAUGAGAUGAGGGAGUCUAAGGCCCCAGUUACACGAUACCGGAUUCGUAUUGGAGCGACAUCAAUUUAAGGUGUUUUCCAAUCUUGUCUGCUCUUGCAACUUUUUAUAUUUGAAGCUUUUGUUUAAUUAUGUUAUAUUAUCAUAAUUUUAAGUGCCAAAUUCACCUCGAAGCAGUAAACUGAUUUGAUGUCGCUCCGAUGCGAAUCCGGUAUCGUGUAACUGGGGUCUCAAUUCAAAAGAAGCUUUCUAGUUUCUAUUUAAUCAGUUAGACUUCCUCGCCUCCAAUCAGUUGAAAUGUUUGUCUAAUUUGUUGUAUGGUUUGUGUAAAUAUCGGUGGUAAAUUUAAUAAAUUCGAAUCAAAAAUUCGAUCCGAAAUCGAUUCAGAGCCGUAUCGGGCCAAGAUUCGAAACAAGCUGAGACCCAUUCGAGAUUAAUCCAAACUAGACCAUCUUUCGAGAGGUUUUCUCGGAUCGGUUCACGUUUUACAACCGAGCUAAUUUCUUGCCUAGCGGCCUGGUAUCCUCCACCCUUAUUAAUGAUUCAUUCAAGUUUUUGGUCAAGUGUGGACACUCCACAAGAAGUCAAGGAACCGGCCUCGGAUCGGUUUGAGUCCCUCCAAUUUAGAUCGAUCUCAAAGUGUAUUAUACCAAGCGUGAGCGGCCCAAUACUGUCAUGCUAUAUACUUUAAUUUCUAUAUACAGUGUGGAUCAUUCGCUUCCACUGCAUGAGCGAACGCAGGACCAAGUCCGUAGCAAGUUCAAUGUAUAAAAUUACACAUAAUCUAGCGCCAAAAGCGUUAGCUGAUAUUUUUCUACAGACGCCUUCCUCCCAAUAGUACAACUUACAAAGCUCUUCCACUAAGCUCUUUUUGCCUCAUCCUCACUCUGACUUUCUUAAAAAAAGUCUGAGUUUUAGAGGGGCAAAAUUGUGGAAUAGCCUCUCAGAAGAGUUCAGGACUAAGGAUUCUCUUUAUUUCUUUAAUACUAUAAUUUUUACAAUGCCUGGCCGGUAAUCAUAUCAUAAUAUAAUUGUAUUUUUAUUUAAAUAUGCAUGGUUGUGUAUAUAUGUAGUGUAGUGUCUCUGAUGUAAAUAUGUUUUUGUUAUUUUAUAUGAAAACCUAUGCCCCCUUGGAAAUCAGCUUUCUGCUGUAGGGGUUAGCGUGGUUAAAUAAAGUUUUACCUACCUAUACCUACCUAAGCUUGCCUUUAACAUUCCAUUGGUCAACGGGUAUUCUGUCGGAUGAUGACUUUGAAAUAAAGUCGAAAUGCACCAACGUGUGUCUUGUAUUAAUUCAAAUAUUGACUAUUUCAAGACGAAUUAUAUUCGGAAUUUGUUGCUUUUUAUAUUUUCUGAAAUUGUCGGCUGGCCGUGGUAUUUGGACAACAGAGCUGUUGUCUGCAUAUAUAAUUGUUGGGAUUGUGACGAUUCCAUUAAUUCCCCGUUCAAAAUGUACUAGUAGAUAUAAACGUUACUUUUUAAGCCACAUAUUUUGUUGCUGUAAAUUUCAUUUCGUUUCUUCAAUUUUACUUGAGAAAGAUAUUUAUCAUGCUUAUCUUUCAUGAUUUGAACUGAAAACAAAUUAAUGAAUCCUCGCACCUCUUCAAAAGUUAUGGGUAGUAUCGGUGGCGUUUCCGCUCGUCAAUCAAAGUGCAAGCUGUCCAAGUUUACCGCGGUUUUCAUCAUUUAGCAAUAAUUUUUCGUAAAAUAUAUUAACCAGUCAAACUCGUAAAUGAAUGGCAGUGUUCCCUAGGCUUGAUAUUUUAUGAGAAAAAGUUUCGUUUUAUCCAGUCAUGUCAAUUAUAACGGCAAGCGUGCAAGGACUCUGAUGUUGAUGUGGGCUGCGCAUAUACUGACUUUGUCCUUGUAUGUACAGGGUGUCCCCGAGAAAAUGCAAUAGGUAUAUGUUCCAUAUUUUUAUACAGCUAAUUAUUAUAGAGUAGGCAUCGAAAAUUUAAUCCAAUAGAUGAAUCUUGACACUAGGAUUAAUAAAUUCGCUCUAGUAUAGAACCAAUGUCAUGGCUGUUUUAAAAUGAAAUCUGCAGGUUCACCCAAUAUGUACCAUCGGAAUCAUGCAUGCAUCAGUUUUGUUGAGUGUAUAUCAAUAGGUUUCAUGACUCCUUGCUUUAAAGCCGUAUAACAUUGGUCUUGCUGAACCAAGUUUAUUAAUUAUGAAUUAAUAAUCUUAGUGUCAAAAUCCAUCUCAUAGAUUAAAUUUUCGAUGGUCACUAUAAUAGCUAGCUGUGUAAAAAUAUGGAACAUUUAACAAAUAUAAAACAUUUUCCGUGUUGAUAUUCAGUUAUAUCAACACGAGUGGAAAUUGGGAAAACGAGAAAUUGUGUGGAAACACGACGCCCGAAGGGCGGAGUGUUUUCACAGAAUUUCGAGUUUUCCCAACUUCCACGAGUGUUGAUAUAACUAUAUAUCAAUACGGAAAAAAUUUUUUAUAUUUGUUUUAUAAUAUAGCAAUGUCAAAAGCCCGAAGAAUAAGAAAAAUUUCCGUGUUAACAAGCGUUAAAAAUUUCCCGUGUUGACAUGGAGUUAUAUCAACACGUCUCUUAGCCAAUCAGCGUUCAGAAUUUACAAAUGCUAUAUUAUAAAUAGCUAUAUUGCACUUCUUUCGAGUCUAAUUCGAGACACCCUGUGUAUGUAGUAUAUAGCCUGGAUGUGUACAUGUAAUUGUAUGACAACUUUAUCUCUUAAAUAGAUCUACAGUAUAUAAGCAAUAUACUUAUAUUUAUUUAACUGUUAAUAUUUUCAAAUAAUGUACAGUUUGCGUGUCGCUUGCAAUGCAUUAUAGCAUUUAAUAAUUAAUUAAAAGCAAUUGCAGGUAUCUUUAGUGUGUCUUAACUCGAUCUGUGAUCUCAUGCAUAACGUCGUAAGUACUUAAAUGCAGUAAUAAUUUGUUCAAAUACCUCGUGUUUGCAGACAUUAUAGAACUUGCAUCGUGGCCAUGGUCGCCGCAUUGUCAGUAGUGUUUAAUGUGCAGUGAUAUACAUAUAUUUAGAUGUUUGCAAACAUUGCGGCUCUGUGCUCUGCUGUGUCAGGUUCUUUUAAUUAUCAAACAGGAAAUACCACGGAGCUUGGUCAAAACAAACACCUACACAAAGAUCUGCGUUAAACUUCAAAUCUCAUUUCGUGUUUGUGAUAGAGUGUGUUGUGAAAGGUAAACAACGUUCGAUAGUUUUUCGCACUCUUUGUGCGAGGUAGCAAUUGGAUGUGAAAAAGUUGCAAAUACCGUGUGCAGUGAAAAACGAAUUAUUAUUGGCCACUUGACGGCGCUCGUAUAGGAGGCUGAAUUUGAUUGGCUAGUGGGGAGUCAUUGAACCAAUUGGUGCCAGCCUGCUAUUUCACUUACUCCAAUGUGUAUUUUUAAACCAUUUGCAAAUAAUCAGGGUAUUUAAGGUGACAACAAGAUAAUGCAUAGAUGUCAUGGGCCGCCAUUGAAAUUUAUGAUAAUUCGCCAAGGUUCGCUGAAAGUUGAUCCGCUUGACCUGCGCGACUCGAGUCCGAGCAAGGCAAAGCUAGCCAGACUUCACAUACGACCACAACGCUCAAGGCUGUAUACGCAGCUAUACUACAACACAGAAACCCCUAAGGCGACUGGCAGUUUUCUACGGCGACCUAAGGUCACAUUUCUACGGUAUACAAGGGAACUUGGAGGUGAAGAAAUCGUAUCUAAUAACGCUUCGAGACUGCUUACUCUGAAGUCUAUAUUAAACCAUGACUACCGAAUUGGACACUGGAAGCUUAUGCAAUGUGCUUCGUGUGGGGACCGCAAACAAACGGCGAAUGUCGCCAGAAGAUUUGAGUCCGCCACCAACACCGCUAUCACCAGCAACAAGUCCAGCGUUGGUCGAGAGCACGCAAGCCUUAUUCGAGGUGAGAUUAUAGGCCGAGAAAUUUACGGCGAAUAUAGAGAUAUAGGCACAAUCUGUAACAUCAUAAGGUUUAUAAUCUGCCAGUAUAUUGUCAUUGUACAGUGCAGGUAAAGCAAUGCUCGCGCCUAGUCGCAGGCAUGAUUUAACAUUCGUAUAGGGUAAAAUAGAUUUUGUGUAUUUAUAGCCGCAUAUGUAAUGCCAGAAAUCCUUAGACUAUAUGACAGUUGUAUAUGAAUAAUAUGAUUUCCGUUUCACAAUUGCAUUAUAUGUCUGAACAGAGAUUAUAAUACGUAGAAUUAUCAUAGCAUUAUAUGCAUAUUUGUAUUUCUUAAAAUGAUACAUAGUCGCUAACAUCAUUAAAAAUCUGCAGGAUAUAGCUUAGUUUAUCAAUAUUUGCGUCAAGUAAAUCUUAUUAUUUUGUAAUAAAACCAUAUCGUAAAUUUAUCUUCAUAAAUUUAAGUUCUAAAAGCCCAUUUGCGAGGCCUACUAAAAUAGCGUGCAGUUCUUAUUGAGUCUAUAAUGAAUACAUAGAUCUCGAUACAGAUAGCCUAGAACAAAGACUUUACUCUAUUCAUCUCCCUCCAUGUAAAAUAGUCUAGAAUUGAAAUGCAUAUAUAUGUCUUUUAAGGCAUGCAUAUUGCUUCACACAGUAAGGACAGUAUAAAGUCCAUGUGAUUUGAAAACCUUAUAGUUACAGAUAUAGCACACAAGUCACUCGAUUGUAUGUUGAUCUGGUAACUCAGAGAACAAAGAAAUCAUUUGUAUUUCUAAAGUCUCGAAUGCCACACGCAUUUAAAAGAAUACAUUGACUAUAUAGUUCUAAAGAUAAUAUAUCACUUGCAUAAACAUCAGUAAUCCGCGGUUAGCCACGCAAUGCCUUCCUUAUCAAGGCAUUGGGUACACUUGUAAACAGAAAUGUUUCUGUUGACAGACAUAUUAAUACGGGACCUAAUACAAAAUACCAGAUCAGCAUUAUGUUUAAUAUAUCGUCUUGAUGUUUGGCGCACCAAUAUAGCUCUCUUUGAUCUUGACCCCAAUCACGAAAAUCAUAGACGAAACAAUCAUCGGGAAAAACAAGAUAUUGUUACUUAAAAAAUUGAUCGUGUUACCUACAAAUCUAAUUUGAACUGCAGCCAAUGUAUAAAUCAGUACAAAAAUUCUCUUAGAAUCGCUAGCUAAUUAUCCAUGUUGACUAUAUAGGCUAAUGAUCUGGCGACCGCAAUUACGAAGAGUACACAAAUAUCAUUUGGUAUUGUGUAAAAUAAAAUGUAUCCGUAUUGAAAUGUUGUUAUAGUGUUAUUGAAUUUUUUUAUGUAAAUUGCUGGUUGCAGAAAGGUUCAUCAACCAGGUUGAAUAACCUGGUGAGCUUAGAUCCGCCCCGAAACGGUUGUGACAUAAUUUAAUCUUGCCAUUUAUUGUAUUCAGUUUCCUAUAGCGGAUACUAAUAAAUAUUUCUCAGGGUUGCAAAGUAAACAUCAACAAUAGUCUUACGCCCCACGUAGAAAUCAUCAUUUGGUGACGUGGUCAGCUUGCUUAAAUAAAGUUUUACUAUCUCUAUCUAUGUCUAUUCUAUCUAACGAUCAACAUUGAACAACAAAAGAAAAUCACAAAGAGAGCAGGCACUUUCAAUAUAUUUGAGAUGGAUAUACCUUGCAAUUAGCGGUGACGUGGCCGUAGUUUGAAGGGUCUUCUCUAUAAUCCAUAUGCAUCAUCUUUGUCUUCUGGAAUUUGACGAAUGCUUUCAGAUAUGCAGAAGAAAUCUGUUGAGAAUAUAAGCAGAAAAGUGCAUGUGAGAUCAAGGACAUAUAAGUGUACUGUAAUUAUUCGAGGAUGCAGCGAACUGUUUGGACAUUGCUCUCCAGGAAGAAGCAAACUUUUCAAGUGCAUUAAGGGCCGUUUACACUUGCGAUUUUCUCCUUCUGAUGGAUGUGAACGAGUUAUGAAUGUUCAAAUGUAGGGUACACCCGCCUACUCGCCCACACGCAUAAAGAGAAAAUCACACUAGCAUUCUGGAACGACGUUGCUGUUCAAACUGCGACGUUAUUUCCAUCUUUUCCACGGCUCAUAACCUCGCCAACACUCAAUUGUAAUAGACUAAAUUUUGAUCUAGACAAAAAUUUCAUCACAACUUGAAAGAGCAUCACAAAAUUAGUAAUAUUCCAAAGUUUCGUUGCGAAAUGUUUUAAAAUGCGGAUAAUAUAGCCUAGCGAAGUUUGCAAUUUUCAGUGAUUUUAGAUCACAAACAAUUGAUGGGUAUUGGAUGAUUUUUGUCUAAACUUGUUUAGAUCAAAAUUUAGUCUAUUUAUACGCAAAUGGUCAAUUAGCCUUCCCCACGCCGUCAUUUCCAAAUCUGAGAUUGCACGCAGUGAAUAAGGAAUUUGUAUAACUAUAAUUGUGUGUAUAAUCAUUAUAAGUUAAUUUGCAGUUAAAUAUUUGAAAAAAAUGUUUUCACAUCGCUUAGAUUUUUCACGUCGUUUUCAAAAAAGUGCCCCCAAAAUGGCGAAUUUGGCCUUCGUGAAUAAGGCUAAUUAAAACGUUCGAAGCCGUUUGGGGUGUUUUAUGUGAAUCCAGUGAGUAUCCUAAGGGUUGUUUACAAGAAAGAUAAGUACUUUAAAGAGGCUAAUAAAGUUUUUAGUAAUGUAUACUUUGGCUCGAAUACAAAAAUCUAAGUAAUUUUGUUUUCUGUCAUUGCCGUUGUCGGUUGCCAAACUCUCUAUGAGAACCAACGGAUGGUCGUACUUAAUAUAAAGCCUGGAUAAAUACACGCUUCCGAAAAGCAAGUCACCUUGGCUAUGGAGCCUCCUUUUCGUGAUUGAGAUUCCAGGAUUUAACUGAUGUCACAUACACAAAAACGAGGGUCCAUAGCCAAGUGACCAGGGCCAUAGCCACCAAUUUGUAAGUGGUACGGUAAGAUUCGAGUCCCGAAAUUGAUUACACUAAUAAUGAUGAUACACAUCCAAAGAAAAUAUCUUAAUCAUAACCAUUUUGAUCUCCAAGAUAAAAUUUUACCUAUACUGAUAAUGUCUAACACCUCAAAAAUGUUUUUGUUGGUCCGGAAAGUGAUCCGGUUGAAACCGGACUACCCACCGGGCACACGACGUUGUUUCAACGUUGAAAUUUGGUAGAAAAAAGGUUGCGACGUCGACAACCUAAUAUCUACGUUGCUCGGACGUUGUGUUACAAACAUUGGUUCAACAGCAGCCAACAAACGUUGAAUUAACGUUCAUUCAUGGUUAAAUGUACGACGUCGAUUUGUGAACCAAUCUCAACGUUGUUUUAACGUGGAUUCAACGUUGAAUUAUGGUUGAAGAGAUUGGCAACCUAAUUUCAACGUUGUUUCAACGUCGAAACAGUAACGUCGAUCAAUUUGCAUAGUCAACUCUUUUUCAACGUCUAUCCAACGUCUGGAAGGUCAUUUCCAACGUUGAUUCAACGUUAGAUAAACGUCAUUUUGCCCGCUGGGUAGUGGCUUCGGCCCUGGUGACAUGCUUUCUGGAAGGGUGUAUUAGGAAAUAUUUUUUCGAGAAACUUUCGAAAACUUUCCGUGUCCCCUCGAAUAUUUCAAAGUUUGCCCACCACGGAAACACUGAAGUUUAGAAAAUACUCUGUAUAAUGAUCUAAAGAUGAGUUUUCUCUUCACUUUAGGAACGUAGUCUUCCAGCUAUGCCAUGUGCAAGCACAACGACAAGUGUGAACCCCGCCUCCUCUACUCUCAAUGCUUGUUCCAGCGUCUGCACCACUUCGGGACUUACUCUACAACACCCGCAGGCCCACGAUUUGCGGGACAUUCUCGCGGGACAACUCCCCCCGCAGACGAAUCCGUAUUAUGCGCCACAGUUUCCCCCGCUUCACUACCAACAACCCCCACAACGUUUUGACUUUUCACAUUCUAUAGAACACUUUCAACAAACGACACCGUUCGGGCAAACCGCAUCGGCAUUCCACCCCCAGCAACAGCACCCCGCUCAUCAACAAGCGAGCUCGGCGAACACAAAUCAUAGACUGAUAAGACAAAGAAACAAUUACAGCGUCUCGACUCCACAGUGAGUCAGUUUAGUCCUGAUUUAGUAGUAAAUGGACAUUUUCAGCCGCACUCGCGAAGGCAUGAUCCAAUACGGUUAAGUAACGAACCUAUGGAUAUAUUACCACCUGCGCAACUUAGCGGGCAGAGCACACCACAGGUGAGUUGUUGCAUCAUACAUUAUUAUUCAUCUCACUCCACAUUGGGGCUUUUCAGUGACCGAUUACAUCAAGUAUUACGCUUAC